GCCCUGCGCCCAGGCACACGAGGAGUCCAGGAUGAAGAACCCGAUGCUGGAGGCGGUGUCCCUACUGCUGGAGAAGUUGCUCCUCAUCUACAACUGCAAACUCUUCAGUUCGGGCGCCCCGGAUGAAGACAAGGCAGGGAGCAGUUUGCAUGACAUCAACUCCUUCCACCGCGGUGACAUCCUGGAGGUUCCCCGGACCCACCUGACCCACUAUGGCAUCUAUCUGGGCAACAACCGGGUCGCCCACCUGAUGCCCGACGUCCUGUUGGCCCUGACGGACGAUAAGGAGCUCACGAAAAACGUGGUGUCCAACAAGCGUCUCAUCCUGGGCGUUCUUGGCAAGGUGGCCAGCAUCCGCGUGGACACAGUGGAUGACUUUGCCUACGGAGCCAAAAUCUUGGUCAAUCACCUGGACAAGUACCUCAAGAAGAAGCCGCUGCUCAACGAGGAGGUGGCACAAAGGGCGGAGAAGAUGCUGGGCAACACUACCUACAGCCUGCUGUGGAACAACUGCGAGCACUUCGUGACUUACUGCAGGUUCGACACCGCGGUCAGCCCCCAGGUAGACAAGUUCUGUGAGAUUUUGAAGAUAAUUAUUCGUGAUGAGAGAAGUGUUCUUGCUUCGGCACUCUUGGGACUGGCAUCUAUAAUCUGUCUGGGCUUGGCAUCGUACACCACUCUUCCUGCAAUUUUUAUUCCAUUCUGCUUAUGGCUGCUUGGCUAACUGCACAUCCCCAUGUCAGUGUGUAUAUUCUGUGCGUAAACAUGUUUAUAUUUAUAGAGCACAAGUCAGUACAAGCAUCGUCGAGAAACAUGUGAACUGAAGCACUGUGUUCUGGAUAAAAAUGUGAUUAAGAAUCACACAAAGUGCUUACUGUGUAAGCCCAAGAACAAAGGCUUCCCCCAUCUUCCUCCAGCAGUUCCAUUUUGAAACACUGUGUAGAUCUCGGAAAUCAGAAAACCUGUGAUAGAAUGCAUCAUUACAAGAAAACCAGCCUCUAAGACGAUGGCCACAGGAGAUUAUUUGAGUUACUUUUUUUCUCCUGUAAUCGUUGCUCUUCUCUGUUAGGCCUGAAUCUGAAGAUCAGAAGACUUACUGAAUGAGAUCACCAACUUUAUUGUAAAUUUACCCUGUUUCAUUGAAAAACUUAUAUUAAACUGAGAGAAUUUCCCUUGUUCAGAUGAAAACAUGUUUGAUGAUUGGUCAAGAAAAAAUUCUCAAUCUUUUUUUCAUGUAUUUUAAUUCCCAAAGAGUCAAGAAUAUUUUGUUACACGAAGUUAAGGUUUACUGAUAAAGUAACUGACCAGAACUACAAAAACAUGUAUUUUCCCACAGAAAUAUCUACUGUAACAUCAGUGAAACAAUUUAAUAUAACUUCCCCUAAUAGGAAGCCUGGCAUCCUUUUUUUUUCCAUUAUGUGUCUCUGUGGAUACUUUAAAAACUUUUGAGAGGUAAAUGGAUAUAAGAUUGAAACAAUGUGGAUACUUGGAAUUUAUAUGUACCAAUUAUAUAUACAGAUAUCUACAUACUGAUUAGAGACAAAUGAAGUAUGUUCUUGACUGUUUUCUUAUCAUACCAAUGUGGUUACUACAGAGCAUUUGUAGAGGUCAAUGUUACAGCAAGUUUAGCUUGUUUUCUUAUGCUUUUGCCUGUGAUGUAACUUGUAUAUAUGACAUUGGAUGGUUUAUCUUUUAAAGCACUUACUGUACUUAAUGUACUGCAUAAUUUAAAAAGUCCUCAGAUUUGCUUUUUAAUCAGUUUUCUCCAGUUUAAUUGCCAAGUAAGAACCAAAGGAAAUAACUCUUAGAAAUAAUUUUUAAAGCAUCUCUGUACCUCUAGAUGUGUAAGUUGAUCAUCCCGAGGUUGUUUGGAUAUUAGAGGUGAGAGGAAGUGGUAUGAAAGCAAGCACUCGAGUUCUUUUCCAAAAUUACCAAGUUCUAAGAUGAAGCCACAAGCAAGACUUGCCUUUCGAGUAUUAGAACUACUUUAUAAACUACCAAGGUCACAAAAUAAGAAGUCACAUGAUGAGUGGUACAAGGGGGACUGAUCCCUCAGGGGUCUGACCAGAACAAGUUUAAGAGCAGAUUUUAGUAACUGAUAUUUUAUCUCUACUCAUUUACCCACGACAAAUUCAGCUGUUUAAUUUUGUGUUUAAUCAUUUCAGUAUUUUAAAUAAUUAAAACAUGAAGUGGCAACACCACACAAUGAAGUUGUUCUAUGGGCCUAUUCCAACCACUUACAAUUAUUUUAAUUAUGUAUGUAUAAAAGCAACCACAACGAGAAAUCCAUUGUAUUCGUGUUUUUUUCACUUAUGUAUAUUACCCUUGUAGCAAUUAUUUAAAUUUAUUUUUAAAAAAUAUGGUAUCCUCAUAAAGAAUUAACACCUUUUUGCAGACUGUAGUAUUGCAGGUAGCAAAAACCACUGUCUGAUAUUAAAUCUGUGUUCAAAGAUAAUUCCUCAUUAAAUGCCAAGGGAAUUGGCAUUUAAUUCCCUUACUUAAGGGAAUUAAAGACUUAAGAUUGGAAUGGACAUAAUUAGUCCUCACUCACUUCAUAUCCUUAAAACAAGAUUCAACUCAUCAUUCAUUUGAGUGCUUACUAUAUGCCAGGUUCAUAUACUGCUUUCAAGUGCAUGCUCUAGAAUUAAUCAUUUUUAACUACCCAUAUUAAAGUGUGUGCAGUGUUAUGGGAAGAAGACAUUAAAUUGUCAGCGAAGUCCCUGUGAAGGAGGCAAUGCCAGCAUUAAGCUGAGAAACAGAGGUAGUCUCAUCAUACUGAUGUGUUGUUUCACUACUUAGGGUUAGAGAACUGGAGGAAGGUUUUAUUUACUAAGCAUUCCACAACACUAGAAUUUGUCGAACUUAAGGGAAAAGGAAGUUUGUAGGGAAAAAAAUGCAAAUGCUCCUGGAUGUGGUUGAGGGAGAUACUCUGAACCCUGAAUGUGCCUUGUAAUGAAUUGCAAGACCGCACCGUCAGUUAAGGUUCAUACUUAUGAUCCUGCAAGUCUUUUGUAAGCUUCAAAACUUAUCUCCUCUAAACUUGUAACCUGUGAAACAGUAAUCAAGUAGUUCUUGAGGCAGCUCUUUGUUGCUUAUUUUGCUCAUUGCCACACCCAGGUGUGGCGAAAUAGGACUCCUGGGGCUAAGAUGAAAUACGGCAAGAGUCAGGUUUAGCGACCUUUUCAUCAAAGUUUAUGGCUGCACGGACAUAGGAGUAUUAAGACUUUACACAAUAGUCUUUGCCUGUAAUUGAAAGCAUAGACAAAGUGAUUAGUUUUAACUGGUUAGGCCAAAAUUAUAGGGACUGGGUACUGAGACUCAGAAAAAUGAGAGGUUUUUCAAGGGGUUUUCAUUGGGCAGAGCAUUCUACACAAUGGGAACAGCACGAACAAACGCAUGAAAACUCCACCCAAUGUGUCUCUACUAUUGGUUGACCGAAAGCAUGAAGCUGGCAUGGGGCAUUUGGGCAAGUGGACGUGGUUCAGAGGGAAGAGCAGGGCAAGGUUGAUGGGAGACAUCGGGAAGGAAAGCCACGGUCAGGUGGUGCAAGUCUUGUGUAUAACAAGAAGUAUGGGCCUUCUGAGCAGGCAGUGGAGGUUUGGAGUUCAGAAAGGGAUCGAAGUACCUUUUUGGAGUUCAAAGUAUUUGCACUUCGUCCAAAAGUACGAAGGAUGGGGGUGUGAGGCAAGACAGGAGAAGGGGAUUUAUUAGGAAAGUAGCUAUGGUCCUAAAUCUCUCAAAGGCCUGUCAUUGCAAGGGUGGAGAGCAGACUUUAGCCAAACCCUUGUGUGAGUAACUCUUGUUGGGGUGCCAGGGAGGAGUCAUGUGUCAUUUCCUGCCAGAAGGUUGGUUCCUGAAAAAUAAAAUAACAUGGUGAUUGUGUGUAUAUUGCAUAUUCCAGACCUUUGUUCUGCUAGAUAUAUUUCUAGGGACAAGCAAAUAUGUAAGCCUUUUUUGUUUAAAAUAUUAGUUUUUCACAAUAAGGAUAGAUUUUUUAAAUUUUUCCAUUUUAUAUUUCAUACUACUACCAUCAGAUAGAAAAAAAUGUUUUGCCACAAUAUCAGAUUUAUGCCAAUGGCAAAACUCUUGCUAUAGACAAGAAGCAUAUAAGAAAUGAUAGUCACCAAGUUUCUGUUUUAUAUUAUAUAUUUAGAAAGUUUUACCCAACCGAGAUCUGUCAGUUCAACUAAUUUUAUACAUGUAUGUUAAAUAAAAUCCAUUUUACAUA